AUGGGCACUCUUUCCCAGACACGUUCGCUCCUCUUUAGCUGCCUUCUCACGGCAUUAGUAGUCUACACGCUGUCCACACGGUUCAGCUCGCCGCCCCGCGGCUUCGUUCCCACGUCUGGCUACAGCCCUGAGCUUGGGAGGCCCUAUGCAGAAGACGAAGAAGUCAUACCGCACGGUAUCUCGGUGUUCAAGCCGGAUGGAUACAAGAAGCAUCUGGUGCUGCCGAGAAUGUCGAAUGAGGAUGUGUCUUGGCUGACAUAUCUCCCGCCAGAGAUGAUGAUCACGCCGAAGCCGUACAUUGUGGAUGCCGACCUUCGUAAUCCGCCUGUGGGGGCCAUGACAACGCCGAUAAAUAAGGGACAUGAGGUGCUGGUAUACCUCACCUACAUUAUCGAGCAUUACGAUCAUGCCCUCCCCGACAUAAUAAUCUUUGUCCACGCCCACUCGGCCACCUGGCACAACAACGACCUCCAGCUCGCCUCCACGCCCGUCAUGCUCCUCGAAAUGAACUACCUGCGCGUCCUCCGCCACGGCUACGUCAACCUACGCUGCCACUGGCAGCCCGGCUGCCCCGCCUGGAUCCGCGCAAACACCACCGAGACCGACAUCAACAAGCCCGAGGAGGCCCUCUUCCGGAAAGGCUUCCAGGAGCUAUUCCCCGGCGAGAAAAUGCCAGACAUCUUCUCAACCGCGUGCUGUGCCCAGUUCGCCGUCACGGCAGACACAAUCCGAAAGCACCCCAAGGAGCGCUACGUAAAGUGGCGCCAGUGGAUCAUCGACACGGAGCUCGAGGACAGCGUCUCGGGCCGCAUCUGGGAGUAUCUGUGGCAGUUUGUGUUUCCGGGGCCGGAGCGGCUGGGGUCGCUGGAGGAGCGCGCGACAAGCUGCCCGAAGGAGCAUGUGUGCUACUGCGAUGGGUAUGGGUACUGCUUUGGCGGCGAGAGGGAGUAUGAGGCGUUUAUGGCACAGAGGCGCAAGGCGAAUGAUCUGAGGUCACGCUUGCAGCUGGCGGAGGAGGAUACGGAGGCGGUGAUGGACGAUUGGAGGAGGGAGGGGAUGGACCGCGUCCGGGCGGAGAUCAAGGAGUUGGAUGAUUGGUGUGAGGAGGAGGCGGUGAGGGCGAGGAUUCGAGGGAAGGACCCGAAGAUGAGGAAGCUGGAGCUGGGGAGCGAGUUCUCAGGAUAG